AUGCCUUACGAAACGGUGAUGGAUCCGGCUGGCACGAUGAGAGCGUUCAAGAGCGCAUUUGCCGAGGUUGUCGCAAACCCUGAUUGGAAGACGGCUCGCUUGAUUGAACGCCAACGAUGGAAUCCUUACUCAUUCGAGGGAGGUUCGACUUGUGCAAUUGCCGGUGCAGAUUUUGUGGUUCUUGCAUCAGACACUCGAAUGUCUCAACACGAGGUCAACAUCAUCACUCGUGAUGCUGAGAAAAUGCACGUUCUCAAUGACAACUGUGUGUUGGCCACCUCAGGAUUUUAUGGAGACGUUUUGCAACUGAAGCGUGUAUUGCAGUCACGUCUGCACAAAUAUCGCUUCGACUACCGCAGCGAAAUGACCGUGGAUCUUUGUGCUGAGCUCUUGGCUAGGAAUCUCUAUUACCGCCGUUUCUUCCCCUAUUUGACCGGUGCCAUCCUUGCUGGUGUCGAUGAGAAUGGAAAAGGAGCCGUGUUCAGUUACGAUCCAAUUGGAUGCAUCGAACGUCUCACAUACACCGCUUCGGGUGCCGCUGAACCGAUGAUUAUCCCAUUCUUGGAUUGUCAGAUUGGACAUGUAACUCUAUCGGAUAGCGCUGAUAAGCCCGAGCUGACUCUUGAACGUGCAAAGUCGCUGAUCAAGGAUGCGUUCCGCGGAGCAGCUGAGAGGGAAAUUUCAACUGGAGACAAGAUUCAUUUGAUCGUCGCUCGAGCCGGACAACCAAUUGAAUAUUUAUGGCGAACCGCUCUUUUAUUGCAGUUCUCGACGUUUUCCCAAGCGGCAUACAUGUUUUUCAUGGUUUACGCUGGCGCCUCUCCAACGCUGGCGAGUUGCAACGAUCAAAAUACCACAAAUUGUUUGACUUAUGAGGCUGGGAAUUGCUCGACGAUGAGAUUGGAUUAUCAAUUCAAAUCGAUCAAUGUUGAAUGGAGCUACGUUUGUAAUGACGCGAAAACGGUGAAAACGUCGAUCGCCUAUCAAAUGGUGGGAGUGCUUGUCGGAUCGAUACUUUUUGGGCAAUUGGGCGAGAGUUUAGGGAGAAAGAAAGCUUUGAUGAUCUCGAUGAUUGGCACAACUAUCGCCUUUUUCCUCACCGCAUUCACUUUCAAUCUCGUCACUUUCACCAUUGUUCGUUUCAUUUGCGGGAUAUUCAGUGGAGGACAAAUCGUUUUGGCACUGGUUUUCGUUCUUGAGACAGUGCCAAAAUCAAUGCGGAUGUGGAUGACAUUGUGUAUCUCUUGGUCACCGAAUAUCAUCAUUUUUGCUGGUGUGGCUUUUUGGGCUCAGAGUUGGGAUCGUUUGAGUCUAGCGGUGGCUCUCAUCACUUCACCCGCUAUUUUUAUCCUAUCAUUUCUAAUAUGUGAAUCUCCUCGAUGGCUAUUGCAAAAGGGACGAGUUGAGGAGGCGAAAAGAGUCAUGUAUAAGAUCUACAAAAUCAACAAAAUGCCAUUAAGCAAAAAAGUUGUCGAUGAGAUUUUCGAGAAUGAAAUUCACUUGAAGAAAUCGUUAACCCUCAAAAAUGUGUACACCUUUGCCGAUCUUUUCUCCCAUCGAAGUGUCUCUGUGCCAUUGCUCAGUUUGUGCAUUUGUAUUAUGUUUACGGCGAUUAAUGCUUACGGUAUCAUUUUCAACAUCGAGAAACUCUCCGGAAUCAUUUUUCUCAACGCUGCACUCAACGGAUUUUUACGCUAUUUCUUCAAUGUUUUCUUCGCGAUUCUUGAGCCGAGAGUGAAAAAACUUGGAAGGAAAUUGAUGCAUUCGAUCUCGGUGCUCACCGUUUUAUUCUCGGUUUUGAUGGUGUUGUACGGGAAUUUUACAGAAAACAAGUAUCUGUGGAAAUUCGAGAGUUUUAUUUUAAUUCUUGCUGCUUCGAUGGCUUCUCAACUUUUCUUGGCCAUCUCGGUGACGGCCACUGAAAUGUUGCCAACCCCGAUUCGGACAAUUGGAUACUCACUGGUGCAAGUCUUCAGCAGAGGAGGCGUAAUCUUUGCCCCAUUCCUUUUCUUAUUGAGCGAAUACUGGGAAGAAUUGCCUCUUCUCAUAAUGACUGUCAUUGCAGCCAUACAGUUUAUUAUUUUUGCGGUUUUUGUUCCUGAAACCAAAGGACAUUCGAUGCCUGAACAAAUGCCGAUGAAACGAUCGAAAAAUAGUGAUUAUCAGACUCCACCUGAUCAAGAACUUAUUGAAAAA